AUGGGUAACAAGAAGAACAACAACCGCAAGAAGAAGAACAAUAUUGACAAGAACCGACUGCCGGUGAACGACAAUCCAAAUUCCAACGAGCAAGCUCCCCUAGCUGAACCCGCCCCGGAGACGGUGGCCGAAUUUGAAUACCAUCAGACCCUCGAGCGUCAAUACCAGACCUUCGACCGUCAGACCAUGCAAUUCCGUUAUUAUUCUGUUGCUGCUGCCUCAUCCGAUGAUGGUCUGACGCCGGCUAAGGACCAGGAGAACAACAACCCCAUCGAACCAGAGAAUGGCCAACCCCCCGACAGUGCUCCCCAAGAAGAAGAAUCUGAUAGCUCCGCUACUGAUGGCUCAUCAGCACCCGAGUCUGGAGAAACAUCUGAGACAAGCACACCACCUUCCGAGCCUGCAGAGCCCGCCGCUGCUGCCGACGACACCGAUGCAGCACCCAAGGAGGAAAGCAACACACCUGCUCCGGAGUCAGAUGCCCCUGCAACGGAAGCCAGCGACAGCACGCCAGCAGGUGAUGACGCCGCUCCCGCCGAGGACGCAGCCAAAGAUGUAGAGCCGGAACCCACUGCAGAGCCCGCCGCCCCAGACGCAGCCGACAGACCACCCCCAGCAGCAGCACCAGAGGAGACUACCGAGGCUCCUCCCACUACUGAAGACAACUUCCCCGACUGCGAUCCCUCCGCCGAAGAAGACAAAGUCGAGUCCGAAAAGCAGGCAGCUGAUGAUGCUACAGCGGAACAAGAGACACCAGCAGCCGGUACAGAACACCACCUCAUUGAUCUGAACAUUGACAUUGUUGACUUCGAUGCGACGACUGACCCCUAUAUAGACGGCCCAUCGACAGAAGAGGUUCCAUCCGAUCCGAAUGCUGAUAGUCCCAGUGGAGGAGAUGCAGGUGCAAACGACAACGGCGACGCAACUAAUGACCCCCCAGCUGCAGAAGCCAAACCGGAGGAGGAAUCGAAGGAAGGUGAGGCCCAGCCUGGUGCUGCUGCAGAGGCGGAGGCACCGGCUGCCCCUGCUACGGAGGAAGCAGAGGGAGACGCGCCUGCGGCGGACAACGCUGGAGCCUCAGCCCCCGAGGCUGAUGCAGUAGAGGCUGUGGAGGAGGCAAAGACCGAGCCUGUCAACGAGGAAGCUCCCCAAGCUGCUGAACAGGCUGGAGAUAAUGCGCCAGCAGAGGCGAAGGAGGAGGUAGCAGCAGACCCGGCGGAUACCCAACCUGAGACGGAGGCUGCAAAGGCAGAAGAAUCCGCACUGGCUGAGGCGGCCGAAGAAAAGAGUGAUGACGUUUCAGCAGAGACUGAACCACCUGCAGCAACCGAAGAAGCGGCGCCGGAGGCAGACUCAAGCACCCCAGCUUCCGAUGAUGCGCCCAAAGAAGCUCCUGCCGAGGAAGCUGCCAAAGAAGAGACUCCAGCAGAAGAAAAGCCCGAUGAACCUGCCGCAGAAUCUCCGGCCGAUGAGCCUACUACCGAAGCACCGAAGGAGCUUCAAGACGAAGCACCAGCCACACCCGUUGGAGCACCCGAAGCGACGGACGCAGCAGCAGAGGAGAAACCGAGUCAAGAAACAGCAGUUGAAGAGUCCGCAGACGAUAAGCCAACUGAGCAAGCACCCGCUGAAGCGGAGACGGCGCCCGAGGCUGCCCCUGCGGAGGCUCCUCAAGAGGAGCCUACUACAGAUGAGCCUACGGCAGCAGAAGAGCCGGCUGCCGAAGAACCAGCGCCCGCAGAAGAUAAAGCUGUUGUAGAAGAGCCUGCCACUGCUGAAGAGCCUGCGGCCGAACAACCUGCUCCGGAAGAGGCAGCAGCAGAAGAUCCUGCUCCUGCAGAAACUGCUACUGAGCCUGCUGCUACUGAGCCUGCUGCUGCGGAAGAAUCUCCUGCCACGGAAGAACCUGCUACCGAGACUGCUGCUGAGGAACCGGCUUCGAAAGAGCCUGUUGUUGAGGAAGCUACCUCUAAAGAGCUCGUUGCUGUCGAAGAGCCUCCUGCCGAAGAGUCUCCUGCUGCCGAAGAGUCUCCUGCUGCCGAAGAGUCCCCUGCUGCCGAAGAGUCCCCUGCUGCUGAAGUGCCUCCUGCUGAAGAACCUGCCGCUGAGGAAACCACUUCUAAAGAGCUCGUGCUUGUCGAAGAGCCUCCUGCUGAAGAACCUGCUGCUGCUGAGCCUCCUGCUGAGGAACCCGCUUCAGAAGAGCCUGCCGCUGAGGAGGCUGCCUCCAAAGAACUUGCUGUUAUUGAAGAGCCGGCUGCCGAAGAACCGACCGCCACUGAAGAACCGUCGGCUGCUGAGGAGCCGGCUGCUGCCGAGGAACCGGCUGCUGUUGAAGAACCGGCUGCUGUUGAAGAACCGGCUGCUGUUGAAGAACCGGCUGCUGUUGAAGAACCGGCUGCUGUUGAAGAACCGGCUGCUGUUGAAGAACCGGCUGCUGUUGAAGAACCGGCUGCUGUUGAAGAACCGGCUGCUGUUGAAGAACCGGCUGCUGUUGAGGAUGCACCUGCGGGUGAGCCUAUCCCCGUCGAGGAAGCUGUUGUCGAAGGUGUCGUUGAAGAAGCCGACCUCGAAGAAGCUCUUGUUGAAGAGGCUAUUGUCGAGGAAGUAAUUGUCGAGGAGUCGACGCCUGAAGAGGCAGCCGUCAAAGAGCCUGCAGCAGAAGCACCUGCAGAAGAAGCCGCUACUGAGGAACCUGCGCCUACUGAAGAGCCCACCGCGGAGAGGUCUCUUCCCGCUGACGAACCCGCUGCUCCCCUGGAGGAGCCUGCCGAAGAGGCCACACCGGUCGAAGAGCGUGUCAUUGUAGAGAUUAGCCCUGCGGAAAGUGCGCCUGAGGAGCCGGCGCCUGUUGAAGAUUUGUCGCCUGCUGAAGAGCCGGCUACUGGAGAGGCUGUCCCUGUCGAGAAACCAGCUCCAGUUGUGGAGGCUGCACCCGCGGAAGACCCUACGCCUGCUGAAGAGGCUGCCUUUAUCGAAGAACGUGCUCCUGUGGAACCCAACCUCGUUGAACGCUCUCCCUCUGAGCCUGAGUUUGUAGAGCGUUCUCCAGCCGAAGCACCUACCCCUCUUGAAGAGCCUACUCCGGAUGAAACAAGCGCCGACAAGGGGAUUCCCGAAGAGGCUCUAGCGACAGAUCCUUCGGAUGACCUCGAGUCUGGCGAACAUGACGAUGAUGCCUUAGCUGCAGCUGGUGUCGGCGCGGCUGCCGCAGCAGCAGGGGCAGGGUUGGCAGCAGCAGCAGCCCACAGACGGAAGAAGAGGAGGUCCCCUGAAGUAGAACGGGACCGAGAUCGUUCCAAGAGCUCUUCUGAAGGACAUCGAUCACUUCAGCGGCAGAACAGUCAACGCAGUGGUGGCCUUACUGGUCGAUGGGCGGAAGCUAUGAAGGAGGCCAAGAGACAGCAUGAAGAGAAGACCAAACAGAAAGCACUCUUGGCCGAAAAGGCUGAGAAGGCUGAAAAAGAGCGCCGUUCCCAUGAACGCGAGCGUUCAAGACGCGCCGAACGCGAACGGCCUGAGCGGCAUGAAAGAUUUGAACGGACCGAACGGCAUGAACGAUCUGUACGCACCGAGCGUCCCGAACGGUCAGAACGAGCCGAGAGGGCUGAGCGAGCCGAGCGCGCUGAAAGGGCCGAACGAGAACGAGCUGAGAGGGAGAGGGUCGACAAGGCGGCACGAGCAGAGCGCCAGGAGCAAGCCGAACGAUCCCUGAGAGCCGAGCGAGUCGAACGUCACGAACGGUCUGAACGGUCGGACAGAUCGGACCGCCGUAUGAGCGAGCAAGACGGCAGCUCGAGUAGACCGCGACAUCAUCGCAGCUCCGCACACUCUGGUAGCUAUGAGGGCGAGCGGAAGAGCGGUUCCUCGUCCCAUGUCAUCCAGGAAUCCACCACGACAAAGCCUCGCUUCUUCCUGAAAUACAUGGCCGAUGGCACCUCGGACAACAGACCCCCACUGACGGUCAACGCCGCCAAAGCGGCAGACAACGUCUGGGACCGCUCUAGGCGCCCUUCAACCACCCACUCUCACAGCCACCGUUCCUCGCAGGAAGGCAAGAGCACCAGCGAGCGCUCCACCGAAUCCCGCCGUGACGAAGAGGAGGAUCGCGCUCGCCGCCGCGCUGCCCGCAAGCUGGCCGAGCAGGCCGACGAAGCCAAAGCGAGGGAAGGAGAUCUCGAGCGCCGCCAUCGCCAUAGCGGCGAGCAGCGCGACAGCACCGACCCUCGCCAUCGCCAUCACAGACAUCGUCGCGAUCCCACUCCUCCCCCGAGCGGAGCUUCCAAAAUGAAAGGCCUCUUCAAGGCGGCAAUUGCUGCACACUGA